AUGGCGACGAAGACGAAAACAAUCUCCCCCUCCUCCUCCACUUUCUCUCUCUACAUCUCCCUCCUCGCUCUCCUCUCCACCGCCUCCGCCUUCUCUCCCGUCGAUCACUACCUCAUCAACUGCGGCUCACGCGCCGCCGAAACAUCGGAUCCCGACCACCGAGUCUUCGCCGGCGACGACUCCCGAUUCCUCACCUCAACCCGCACCGUACAGCUCGAGACCACCGAAUCUCCGCCGCCUUUCUCCUCCCCGCUCUACCACACCGCUAGGGCAUUCGAGCACCCCGCGCACUACGCGUUCCCGGUCAGAGAUCGCGGGACCCACCACCUGGUGCGCCUCCAUUUUUACCCGCUCCAGAAUAAUUACAACAAUUUAUUCGCAGCUGAAUUUCACGUCGUCGCCAAUGGAUUUCUGCUGCUCCGCAACUACCGCAUCCCGGAAACCUACAAUUUCCCCGUCGUUAAGGAAUUCGUGAUCCCGGCUGCUUCCGACGAGCUGCAAAUUACGUUUAUACCCUCGGAGAAAUCGAAUUUCGGCUUCGUGAACGCGAUUGAAGUAAUUUCCGCUCCGAAUGAUUUAAUUGCCGAUGUAGCACAAUUUAUUGAUUUCGAAAAAAAUGAGAGAAUUCUAGGGUUACUGAGAAAUGGUUUCGAAACUGUGCACAGACUGAACGUCGGAGGGUUCAAAGUGACGCCGUUCAACGAUUCCUUGUGGAGGACUUGGCUCACAGAUGAUGACUACCUGGUAUCGAACGACGGCUCCCAAAAAACGCAUUUCGGAGGUCGAAUCAGCUACCAGAUGGGCGGGGCAAGCCGAGAAGUGGGGCCCGAUAACGUAUACAGCACAGCCAGACUGAUAAAGAGCUCCGAUAAUUCGAUCCCCAAUGUGAACAUGACAUGGUCCUUCCAAGUGGACAAGGGUUAUAGAUACAUGAUCCGUAUGCAUUUCUGCGAUAUAGCAAGUGUAGCUUCGAAUAUGCUUUACUUCAACGUCUACUUGAACGGGAACUUAGCGUACGGAAAUUUGGAUUUAUCGGAUGUCACGAAUAGUCUUUUGGCCUCGCCGUUCUACGCUGAUUUUGUCGUGGACGAGGAAAGUUCCGGAAGUCUGGUUGUGAGCGUGGGCCCCUCGAAUAUGAGCUUGCCACAAGCAGUCGAUGCGAUCGUCAAUGGGAUUGAGAUAUGGAAGUUGAAUAACUCGAUGGGUAGUUUUGAUGGAAAUGUUUGUGCUGGUUAUGUGUGGAGAAAUUGGAGAAGAGGGCAUACGGGUGUUUUGGUGCCUCUCGUUGCUGUAAUAUUCUUGUUAGUUUCGUUGUCGGUGUUUUUCCAGAGGAGGAGGAGUAGUGGUGUGGUGGCGUGGUCGAGGUUGCCUGUGGAUGUUUCCGAAGCGAAUUUGAAGUGCGGCAAUCAAAUGUCGUCGAUGAAAGGUUAA